UUGAGAUAACAGAGACGGUACCUGAAUGGAAAGAAAUGUCCGUUAAUUGAGGUUAAACAUUAUUAAAAAAUAAGUUAAACAUUUAGAAAGAAGAUGGAGUUUGAGACGACGGAGACCAUACGCUCGACACCGAGUCGACACGAGAAAAGUUUGGGGCUCCUCACAAUGAAGUUUGUCAGUCUGCUACAAGAAGCUAAGGAUGGCGUCCUUGAUUUGAAAGUGGCUGCAGACAGCUUGGCAGUGAAGCAGAAGAGGAGGAUAUAUGACAUCACUAAUGUCCUGGAAGGUGUGGGGCUGAUUGAGAAGAAAAACAAGAAUAUUAUCCAGUGGAGAGGUGAGAACACAGGCAGCCAAACUCAAGAGGUGUUGGAGCAGGUAAAAGUUUUGAAGGCACAGAUCUCUGAACUAGAGGACCAAGAGAAAGAACUGGACAACCAGAAGGCCUGGCUGGAGGACAACAUCAAACACCUAAACCAGAAUCCCAUCACCAGCACUUAUAAAUUUGUGACGCAUGAAGACAUUUGCAGUGCCUUCAGCGGAGACACUCUUCUUGCUGUCAUGGCUCCUGCUGGAACGCAACUGGAGGUUCCAUUACCUGAAAUAGGCCAGAGUGGUCAGAAGAAGUACCAGGUGAACCUACGUAGCCACUUGGCUCCAAUCCAGGUCAUGCUCAUCAACAGGGAUUCAGACUCCACAAUACCUGUGGUCUUCCCUGUGCCGCCCACUGACGACAUCUGUCUGAUGCCAUCUCCACCCAGCACGCCUGCUAGCCUGCAGAGGUUCCCCCUCUCUACAUCCAUCUACUCCACCUCCAACACCAUCUCCUCCUACUGCAGCCAGGACUCUCUCUGCUCAGACCACCAGAUGGUGCUGCCAGAACAUGAUGAAGUGCUGACGCCUUCGUCUACCCCCCCUGAUGUGCAGAUGGAGUGUCAGCCAGUAGCAGUGUUGGGGCAGCAGCAGAUGGACCUGGCGGACCCAGAGUUCCAGUCUGUGCUGGACGUGAGCAGCCUGCUGAAGCUCAACGCUGCUGGGGACCACAUGAAGGAUGACAGAGAGGGAGCUGUUGACCUGAUUGAUGAGCUAAUGUCUACUGAUGGUAUAGAUUACAGCUUCAACCUGGAUGACAAUGAGGGGGUCUGUGACCUGUUUGAUGUGCAGAUCCUCAAUUACUGAUGGCAGACAAUGUGCUCUUCUCUGCAGUCAUACAAUGUCUCUAAAGACACUUCAAACCUUUCCCAUUUUGUUAGAGUUGCACAGCUGAUACUUUAACUUUAACAUUCCAUUGUUAUCUAUCGUUAAAAAAAAAAACAACCUUUUACACACAAGACUGCACCAGACUUCUUCAGUGUACUAUACUGGCCGUUUGCCCUCAGCCAACAUUAAACAAAGUGCCUGAAUUAAUUAACCAUAAGAUAUUUACAUAGCCAGGAGUCAUUGUGUCUCCGUUGGGUCUUUAACUGGGUGGUUAUCUGCAACAUUCCACAGAAAUGAGGUGCCUUACUGGAAGAAAACCAGGACAAAUCCUUCAGCCUUCUGCUGCUUAUUUACAUGUAAAUUUGUAUUUUUCCACAUCUAGUGGAAAGCCUGAGACUUGAAGACAACUGCUUUAUUUUUUGUAGUUUAUCAACAUUGGGACUGUGACAGCAUUUUACUUUAGGUGAUAUUUACAGUAACUCAUUCAGUAUUAGCUUUUUUUCUAACAUUUAAUACAGGGUUGAUGAUCUAGUUCAGGGUAUUUAAGUUAGUAACUUUGUUUGCAUGGAAACCAUAUUCUGUAAAAAGCUAACAAAUUUCAUAGUUAUAUUUCAUAAAAUGGCAUAUUGUAUUUAAUGAGUGAAUGUUUGGUUACAUUUUGUAACAGUGUUCUCAUGCGGAAAAUGCCAGAAAGUUUUCUUUUCUAUUGUGACACUGCCAUUUUAGGCCUCUGAGUUUUUGUUUUAAAAAAUUCUUAGAAUUACAUUUAUAUAUUUGAAUAAGUAAUACCUUUUACUUAAUUUGAUAAACAAAUCUUGGUUCUCGUUUGUUGAAAAUGAAGCUGGUUGAAUGCCGUAAUUUAGGAAGUGAAUUAGCUAUAUUUCUUAUCUGAAAUAAUAAAUAAGAGCCUUGAGUGGCAUUUUUGUAUAUUUAUAGUUUUUUUUGUUGUUUUUUUUAUCACAGGAAGCCAUGUUUAUGUUACAUUUUGUUGUUUCUUUGCACAUUUUCGAAA